ACGGCUUCACUUCGCCAUCUGCACCAAGAAACGCAAAGAAACGCUUCCCAUCGGGGCUUUACAGCUUGAAGAGCAUGGAUCUCAGAGACAUGGGCUUCGACCCCACCGUGCUGGACACCCUCCACGAGCUCCUCGACCUCUCCGACGAGCCCGACGCCAAGUCCCACCACGCCCCGUCCCGCGCCUUCCUGCGCGACAAGAAGGCGAUGGCGGCGACGCCGGCCGACGUGAAGGAGUACCCGAACUCGUACGUGUUCGUGCUCGACAUGCCGGGGCUGAAGCCGGACCAGAUCAAGGUCCAGGUGGAGGACGGGAACAUGCUGGUGGUGAGCGGCGAGAGGAAGAGGGAGAAAGAGAAGGACCUGAAGGACCAGAAGGAUGGAGCGGGAGGGGCGCUGCUGAGGUACGUGAAGAUGGAGAGGAGGCUGGGGAAGUUCCUGAAGAAGUUCGUGCUGCCGGAGAACGCGGACCCGGAGAAGAUAUCGGCGUCGUACCAGGACGGGGUGCUGACGGUGACGGUGGAGAAGAGGCCGCCGCCGGAGCCCAAGAAGCCCAAGACCAUCGAGGUCCAGAUCGCCUAAAACGGCCCGUGACCGCGGGCAUUGGUGUCUAGGGCCUAACAUGGAGAAAGAAUGAGAGGAUGUCGAAGAAACAAGAAAAGGGCUUCUUCUUUUGUUCUUACUGUUGUGUGCGAGUCGUAGUGUAAAAUGUCUGGCUGCGUGGGGUCUUUCUGGAAUGAGCUUCUUGCAUAAGUCUGUUGUGUACUACUGCGAUGAAUAUGUAAUAAUUACUCAUCCAAGGUUGUAUCUACGAAACAUGAAGAAAAUACCCGGUAAUAUCGCAGGAUAUGCAAGAAUCAGACAUGGUCGUUCUGAAUUA